UUCAAGAUGGCAGGACUUGGAGAUUUAGUGGCUGCUUGUCUAAUCGAGAAAGAUGUUGAUUCCGACGUACUUUGGACAUGGUCGUACCCCACUAUAACCGAAACAUUCCCGCAGGUCCUCUUGAGGAAGUGCUGCCUCAAGACCGACAAAGAGGAAAUCAUACCUUUUUGUUUUGGCCAGUUCAAUAAGCAAUGGUUCUAUAUUUACACGUCAGAAGUUAAGAACUCGGAUGCUUUAAACAAGGUUACUCAUGUGGCACUGACACUGUUAGCAAAGGACUUUUGUCCUGAGAAAUACAAGAGUCUAUGCAAGAUCAUGUGCAACAAGUUCAUAGAAACUGGUGAUGCCAGUGCAAUGCUGGAGCCAUAUCUGUCUGUAAUUACUAAGGGCUCUUGUCCUAAUGGUGACGAUGGCUUGUUAAUAGUCAAGGACUUUGAUCCUCGCUUGUCUUAUGUUGCCUCUCCUAUCUCAGCUGUUAUUAACAUAUUUGGGGUGGAAACAAUCCUAAUAUACACAGCCCUACUGUUGAAGAAGAAAGUUGUUGUGUACAGUCCCAAAAUUGAAACUAUUUUAGACAUUUGUAGGGCGUUACCUUUAUUAGUAUGGCACCGUCAGAACUGGAGCAUACUCUAUCCUUACGUUCAUCUCGAAGAUGAGGAACUUGAGAAGCUUACAGCAAACAUAACUUAUGUCGCUGGCUUCACUGAUGCAUCUGUUGAAAGCAAAACUGAAUUGUACGACUUGUUUGUUAAUGUUGCUGCUGGAGAGAUAUCCAUUGCUCCGGACGCGCGAGAAACCUUCCAGAUGGGGAAAAUUCACAAGGAUAUAGCAAUGUUUAUGGUGGAUGCUGCCAAAAACCAAGAGUACAAUGAUCAAAAGCUCGUCAAGGAAUUGUCCGUCAAGACAAAGGAUCUCGUAAAUAAUCUUAAAAAGCUGGCUGUUGAAUCAGAGGAGGGUGGCAAGGCCAGAAUCACUUUAGAGGCAUUGAAACAACGAAAACUAACACCAGUUGUGGAGAACUUUCUUUUCAACUUAGCCGCUGCUGAGGGCUUGGUUUGACGAUACCUUAUUUUUGUAUAAUUUGAUGAUAAGGUCUGAAGACCCAUUUCCUUGCUGACUGUAAAACAUAUUUGUGAGAAUUUGGUGUUAUAAAAGUUAAUAGAUAUCGCGUCGUUAGAUAAAUUUCGUUAUUUUCACCAACUUUCUGUUUUACAUUGUCAGAAGUUGUAUUUGGAUCGCUUUGAAAUCAAAUAUGCUUAGUGAAUAAAAUCUAUUGGUGCAUAAUUCAUGAGGGAAGACUGUCAAGAUUAUUCGAGUUCUAUUGUACCAAAAGCAGUUCCACUUUCUCAGCGUUUUCUGUCGCACAAGUCUGUCGGGCAAACUUUGCGUGCCUUUCUUCCCAGAAUACUCGUGGUGCUACUGGAAUAUACGUUUUUUGAUAUCUAUCGCCUUUCUCGAUGGAAUCCGCUCCGGAGCGGGGCUGCUCAAAGCCACGAACUCGAUGCGUGUGAAUGCCAACCAAUUUCCGGCAUUUGCAAGUGAUAACUGAAGGGGACUCACGUUUGUAGGAAAUGAAUAAAGGUAAACCUAAUCUUUAUGCAAACUGUGUGAUAGUAAUAAUAAAAAAACUUUUUAGAACA